AAUGCAUCUGAUCGUUCUCUCUCAAUUAGGAAGUUAUGGAGGCUUUCCUAGGCAUAUCAGGAUUUCCUGCUAGCUCCCCGCCCCUUCCGCCCCAACACACGGUGUCUGCAGCCUCUGCUUUGGGGAAUUUUGGGAAUUUGUGCAUAGACUAUGGCAGCCAGGGACGCCACUUCAGGCAGCCUGUCAGAGGAGAGCAGUGCUUUGGACCUGCCAUCAGCGUGUGACAUAAGAGAUUACGUCCUGCAGAGACCCAGCCAAGAAGCCAACAGCGAGGCUUUCAGUUCUUUGGAAUUCCAUUCUUUUCCUUAUUCUUCUGAUGUGGAUCCAGACACCAGUAACUUAAAUAUAGAACAAAAUAACUCCUGGACCUCUGAGAACUUCUGGCUUGACCCUGCUGUGAAAGGCCAGUCAGAGAAGGAAGAGGACGAUGGCCUUCGGAAAUCCCUGGAUAGAUUCUAUGAAAUGUUUGGCCAUCCACAGCCAGGCUCUGCAAACUCACUCUCUGCAUCUGUCUGCAAGUGCCUGUCUCAGAAAAUCACUCAACUAAGAGGCCAGGAGAGCCAAAAGUAUGCCCUCCGCAGUUUUCAAAUGGCCCGGGUGAUCUUCAACCGGGACGGCUGCUCAGUCUUACAGAGGCAUUGCAGGGACACCCACUUCUACCCACUGGAGGAAGGAAGUACAUCUUUGGAUGAUGAAAAGCCAAACCCAGGACUGUCAAAAGAUAUUACUCAUUUCCUCUUGCAGCAGAAUGUAAUGAAAGACCUGUAACUGGUGCCGGGCGGUGUGCAGGGUAGUAAUGGAGGUGCUGCGCCAUGACCAGCAGUGUUGGUGGCCACCCAGAUCCCCCAGGGUCUCUGGCCAGCUCUGUGUGCCCAAUCCCAAUUAAGUGCUUUGAGGUUAAAGGCUGGCACCUGUGACCUGGUAUUGGAGCCAGUCAGCCCAUAUGGAGAGCCAGCAGGGUCUGGGAGUUCUCCGUCCUCUUGGCCAAGGCCACUGACUGACUGGGCUACGAGUCAAAAGCCCAGCUCCCUUGCCUCAAGGAAGGACAUUCUCUGAGGAGUAAUUUCUGCUCUAGCACUCCCUUUCCUUUAGAUGAGCCUGAGGCUGGGACAUUACAUGAAGUCACACCCUUGCUGGGCUUAAGCCCUUUCCCUGUCCUCCUCCCGUUUAUUUACUGGUGUCUCUGGGAGCCUUUCCUUAAUAAACCUCUUAUAUCUGAA